UUACGAAGAAGCAGUAUAUUGAUCAGAAAAAAAAAUGUUUCCAUGACGACUGUCAGAAGCUUUUGAGUAGUUUAUUUUCGCGUAACUUAAAUUUUAUUUAACGAACCAUGAAUCCGGAAGCUAGCGAAGCUGGUGUACAAGCUGACAUUCCAGAACCAGAACAUGAAGAAGAAACACUCAAAAUAAGACCAUUAGAACGCAUAAAACUCUAUCCUAAAGUUCCCGUCGAGCCAUCUUCGUACGGCAAAGGGAAAAAUUUCAGCCGACCGUGGAUUUUGCAGGAUGGACGAGAAGCGCCUGAAAAAGGGAGUGAGAUGCGCCGCUGCUAUCAAAUACCCAAGAAACCCAAACGUGGAGAAGGUAUCCGCAAACGAAUGCUUACGGAUUUCUUUUGGGAACAAAUGUUGGACGAAGUUAUCGAAGAGCUGGCUACUUCAAACCCAGUAGCUGAGUAUUGCACGGAAUAUGACGCUAACUACGUCAAGGAUGAGUUUGAACCUCGUAAUUUAGAAGUCACUGCCGAUAAAAAUAUGCACCUCAAGUAUCCGCUGUACGGCACUGGUUCCAGUGCGGUUACUUUUUACAGCGAAACUAUAAAGAAAACUGGCCCUGGGGAGAUCUUAGAGAAGUUCCGAAGAUGCCAAUACUUCACUCGGCCUAUGGAAGAAAGACUGGACGACGGCUGGGUUUUGUAGAUUACAUACUUACUUUUUUUAAUGUCAAUAAACUGUAGUGAUAAA